CCCUAUCGCCGCCGGCGGCGGCCAGUAAGAAGUCGAAGAAGAAGGGCGGUAACAGCGUCUGGACCCGGCCAACCUCCCGCAAGGGCAAGAAGAAGGCCAAGCAGCCGGGCGGCCCCGGCCACGGCCCCGGCGGCGGCGGCGGCAUUGGCGCCCACCCCGGGCCCAGCCGGCGGGGACGAGCUGUGCCAGCUCGUUCCCGCGACCCGCCUCGCCGCCGAGCGCAACGACGACGCGGCCGCCCAGCCCGUGCUCCUCUCCCGCUUCUUCAAGUCCGAGAGGAUCGAGGUCUCCGACGACCGCCUCACCGCCGCCAGCACCAAGGGCUACCGCAUGGUGCGCGCCACCCGCGGCGUGGCGGCCGGGGCGUGGUACUUUGAGGUCAGGUUCGUGCAUCUGGGCGCCACUGGCCACACGCGCCUUGGAUGGGUGACCAACAGAGCGGACCUCCAGACGCCGGUUGGGUACGACGCCUAUGGGUUUGGGUACCGCGACAUGGAUGGCACCAAGGUGCAUAAGGCUUGGAGGGACAAGUAUGCUGAUGAAGGGUACGGGGAAGGAGACGUUCUCGGGUUCUACAUUUCUCUGCCUGAUGGGGAGCAGUAUGAGCCUAAGCAACCUGACCUGAUUCAACACAAGGGAAUGCCCUUUCAUGUGCAAGUGCCCAAGGAGGAGCAAAAGAUACCAGCUCCCGUUCCUGGGAGUGAGAUAUGCUACUUCAAGAAUGGGGUAUGCCAAGGCAGUGCCUUCAAGGACAUUCCUGGAGGGAGGUAUUACCCAGCUGCAUCAAUGUAUACACGCCCUAAGGAGUCAAACUGUGUAGUAAAAUUCAAUUUUGGGCCAGACUUUGAGUUCUUCCCACAAGAUUUUGGUGGCCUGCCAAUCCCUCAACCAGUGAGUGAGGUGCCUUAUCAGGCACUUGAGGUGAAGAAUGAGGGGCCUGUUGAAAAUGGUAUUGCUGAAAAAACUUGCUAGUGUAGUCAACAUGUUAUUUUAGCCAUGUCCAAUACCCCUGUGUAAAUACCAAACAGGCCCAUGGCAUCAUGGUGAGGUUGGCCACUGGGGUCAUAUCUGACUACUAGUAGAUUAUAUGCUUAUGUUGGCACCAAAUCGGUCCUCUCCGUACUUCCCAAUUCUCUUGCUGAUCAGCAAAGGAAUUGGCAGUUCCUGUCCUUGGCUGGGUGAUGAAGUUAUUGUGUGCUGCCAGAUGGUUGGGAAAUGGUGAUGGUAUGUAAGAGCUGAAUAUCUAUAUAUUAACUGAAAGUUGGACAAAGAGUAGCGAUGGGAGAGAGGUGGAGCUGCAGGUGAAACCUUAUGCUGGGAGUUUCACUGCUCAUGAAGGAUUUGUAUGGUUAGAAAAGUAUCUGCAUGUAAAUUUGCCUUAUUUAUAAUCCUUUUCAUUUUUCGUCCAAGCAAUCGAAUGCCCUUUGCCAGAAUUUCUCUGUAACUGUGAAAUGUUAAGCAAUCCAAUGGCCUUAGCCAGUGUUUCUCUGUAA